AUGGGACAAUCGAAGCAUGCCGCUGCGCAAGCAGUCUCUCCACGCCUGACUGAGCUGUCUCUUACUUCAGUGCAAUUUGAUGAGAUACAAAAGGCGAGAAAGAUGCAGACCAUUUCUCCAGAGCCUGCGCAGAACAUGCCCCCGACGCCCUUGGGCGAAUUCACGACCACGUUGAAGAACGAUCACGAGAGCCGGGCAGAUACGUCGCCCCUGCCUUGUCAGAGGCUGUGGGUAAACGGCGGGCCCAAGGAAGCGCUAUGGCAGGGAGUUGAAGAGCUACAGAGAGCCAUGGCUAAGUCGGAGAUGAUCAAGGCACGUCGAGACGAUGGCUUUCACUACGUGAGCUCUGACUACACCCCCAUGGUGAAAGGGGCGGCCACAGGAAGUAGAUGGAGCUGGCCUGUCAAAAACGUCAACAAAAAGUCGACAUCAACACAUUCUGGCUAUCAGCGAUCAGAGAAAUUGCAUCACAAGAAUUCGGCCUGGAAACGGUACCGAGCUCGGGUGCGACCUCAGCUCUGGCAUAGUCGGCUAUAUAUGCGCAUGCAAGACAAAGCCCGACGCCGUGACAGAUGCGUGGCCAUGGGGCACGCACCGCACCGUACUGUUGACCUGGGAGCGUUCUCUGACGCCGGCAGUCGGGGAACGGUGAGCCAGUCUUUGCCGGAAGAGAAGCAGCCAGAAAAUGAUGCAGUUCCGGCAUGGCUCCCAGAGAGACACCAGCGCGUUGACAGUGCCAAGCUCCUGGCGCAGUACAUGGCUACAUCAGACUAUAUCGUAUCGCUAGCUGGACCACCAUUGCCAGACAUGCGAUACGGUGUCAUCAUCGUUCCUUGCGGUGAAGAAGAGCUCCUCCUCAAGCAACCAGACCAGGAAGUUUCCUACGAGGAUGUCAAGACUGCCUACUCGUUUACUGGCGAUGAUAAUGGGCUGCUGUAUGAGGAAAACCCCAAUUCCAUAUUGGGUUGCCAAUCCUCGAUGUCGAGCACCGAAUUCCGCUACUAUGACAGACAGCGACUCCUCGAGGAGUGGGAAGACGAUCAACGAGCUACGCCUUGGGUCCGUCCAAGCUACGGGAGCAACUGGUCCGAGACCAAGAGUGACUCACAGGAGGAGGGGAAUCCCAAACUGGUUGAUUCGGCACAAUUUUCGCAGUGGUCCGCUACCCAUGCACCCGACUAUGGAAGCUGGGUCGGGCAGGAAAACCAGUCCUUUGACGAGGAUGGGCGCCAAGUUGCAAGCGUUAGCACAACGUCAAACGAAACUCAUGAGCCAGAACGCAUGGAGUCGUCCAAGUUAGUCAGUAACCUAAACUUGGCAGGUUCUGCGUCGGAAAACCCGGCUUGGGGCACGUCCACGGUUUCGGAGCAGCUAUCGCAGCAUGCAUCGCAGGCAGCCAUUUCAACUGCGCAUGUGUCGAAUAGGCACCUUACUAGCUCCGAUUCUGCGAUUUCGAAAUUGGUCCCUGACGCAUCUACUGACAGCUACCCAACGCCAGCUCCCGCAACACAUGAUGACGCUGAGGGGCCUCGGAACGUACUAGCUGACCCGUCGUGCGUCCAGCCAUUACUGGUCAAAGGGCAGUCAACUUUUGAGAGAACUUUGAAAGGCGACGGCAAAGGAAAGAAGCGGUACAGAGCUUUUUUCACCGGACUAUUCAACGUCCUUCUGAGGCGAAAGCCGUCGAUUGAGCCACGCCGCCGGGCAGGGGCUUGA